CCGCGACGUGUCCCCUCUCCUAGGCGCCGCCACCUAAUCGAAUUUGACAAUCCUCCAAAACCCCCACCACACGCCCACGAUGUCCGACAAGCAAGGCCCCGAAAACCCCGGCUCCCGGGAGAAGCUCGAAGCUCAAAUCAAGUCUGCCGACAUGACGGAUGACCUGCAGCAGGAAUCGAUCGAAGUUGCUCAGGAGGCCAUGGCCAAGUUCACCAUCGAGAAGGAUAUUGCGCAGCACAUCAAGCGAACUUUUGACGAGCGAAAGGGCCCUACCUGGCACUGCAUCGUUGGCCGAAAUUUCGGUAGCUUUGUGACUCACGAGACGAAGCACUUCAUCUACUUCUAUCUCGGCCACUGCGCCAUUCUACUGUUCAAAACGCAAUAGGGGUGGGAGAAGGAGCUCGCAGACAUCUGGUACGACAUUUGGCCUUGGAAUUGGAAGUGCAAGCUGUGAGCUACGGGUCUCGCCCUUUGGAGGAACAAGACGGAUCAAGGCAUGGCACCCAAGGCUGCAAAACGUGCCAUGCCGCCCGCCAAACCCCAGUGUACGAGAAGCAAGAGACCAGGGACCGUGUACUAUAGCUUGCCAGUGCGCCAGGUUCACGAUUAAACCGAUGAU